AUGGAUGAUAGGAGAACACCAGGUGAGCCCAUCUCAUAUGGUCCAGGGGGUCCUCAGAAUGCCAACCCUUUCUGGAGUGAAAGGGUCAGGGACGACAUGGCGCUUCGAGCCCUGCGACCAAGUUUUUUGCCACCAACUUCUGAUUCUGAAGAACUAGUUCCUGUGGAGGGGGCUAGGGCAGCGGAUGCUCUUCAGUUGUCAGCUCUGAGAAUGGUAGAAAAUGAUGGAAGUAUGGGAAUGAAUCCGGGUGUUUCUUCUUUCAUGCAAGGAGCGGUCCCUUCUUUUGAAUCUUCAAACUAUCGACAAGACAUAGCCACUGUUUUGCGAGUCAUACUGUCUCAGAAUCAGGAACUUGCUCGGGAGGUUGCGAGGCUGAGGAGGCAGGUAGAAGAGGGUUCAGGUGUGAUGGAAGGGAGGUCAGGUGGGUUGACAGCGAGUGAGGGAAGGCGACAGAUUCAAGAAGGAGCCCAUCAAGAACGUUUUAGGGCUCUUGAGGGUCUGACGGAGAAUCCAAAGGGUCCAGGAGCACCGGGCGAUGCAUCCUUUGUUGGAGCCCUGGUUGAGGUGGAGGCUGUGACUGGAGGAGAGUCGCGGCCAUGCCCUCCUAGGAAGACCGGUGAUCCGGUGGAGCAGAGCCUGGCGGUGACAUCUGCUACUUCAUCAUCCUUGGGUCCAUCAGCACAACUCCAAUCCCUGGUUGAGGUGGAGGCUGUGACUGGAGGAGAGUCGCGGCCAUGCCCUCCCAGGAAGACCGCUCCGGCGGUAGGGGAGAGCCUUGUGGUGUCUGGAGUUAUUGCACCCUUGGCCCCCACAAACCAACUCCAAUCCCUGGUUGAGGUGGAGGCUGUGACUGGAGGAGAGUCGCGGCCAUGCCCUCCCAGGAAGACCGCUGUUGCGGUAAGGGAGAGCCUCGUGGUGCCUGAUGGUAUUGCACCCUUGGCCCCCGCAAGUCAACUUCAAUUCCUGGCUGCAGCGCCGGCUGUGACUGGAGGAGAGUCGCGGCCUGGCGAUCCCAGGGCCCUGGUUGAGGUAGAGGCUGUGGCUGGAGGAGAGCCGCGGCCAUGCCCUCCCAGGAGGACCGGUUAUCCGGUAGGGGCGAGCCUUGAGGUGACUGCUGGAGCACCCCUGGCCCCCAAAGAUCUGGAUUUGCUGAUGAGACAGCGGAGCUUGCACCCUGAAACCUGGCUGCAACGCCGCCUCUCAGCUUCACCGGAGUUGCACUAUGGCAUCUAUGGUCAACGGAAUGGAUGUGUUGGGCCUUCUGUUUCCCCGUUGAUUGGGGGACUGAAUCCAACGAGGAGCGCUCCCCAUGUGGAUCUUCUGUCUGGGGGUCCAUGGGGUGGGAAUGGAGGAGGAAGGGAGGCUGAUCAAACUGGUCUUCCAUCUUGGCUGAGAUCUUUGGCCACCACGCAGGAGACUAUAAGAACAGUGGAGUUGACCAAGCUCCCUGAGAUCAAGGAGGGCGAACUUGGAUCUUUGGUUGUGGGCGAUUGGAUUGCUUUGAUCAGCCCAACGAUGCGGGAUUUGAGCGGAAGCAGUUCAAAGUGGUGGGACGCAGUGCUCAGAGCAGCUACGGAAGCCUACUCUGAGUGGCUUCGUGCGGAACCGCUGCAGCGUUUGUAUGUGGUUCCAAGGAAUCCCAUCGAGGAGGAUCCUUCAUGGGGAAGAGUGGAACAGCGAGGUCAAUCUAUGAUGUUAGCUGCCUUGCCGGAAAUGCUAAAAGCGGAGGUGUUGGCCAAUCGGGCGACUUCCACUGUUGAGGUUCUUUUCCGCAUCUUCACCCGUUAUCAACCUGGUGGACUUGGUGAACGAGCUCUUCUGCUACGACAGUUAGUGGAGGGCAAGCAGUUGUUUGCCACGGUUGGAGAAAUGAUGGAACAUCUGAGGGGGUGGAAGAGGUGGCUGCGCCGAGCGGUGGAGCUUCAGAUUGCCAUCCCAGAUCCAACUUUGCUGGUUGGAGCGCUGGAGAAAAUGGGCACGAUACUGACCCAUCAAUCUGCACAGGCCUCUUUCAGGUUGAGCUCUGCAAGAGUCCUCUUACAGAUUGACGUGAACCCUACGGUGCAAGGUGUCACCAGCUAUGCCGAUGUGCUCUUGGCUGAGGCAGAGUCGGCGUUCCAUGGUGUGACCCAGCAAACCACUGCCAAGGUGAAAUCUGUUGAGGUCAGUCCAACACCGAAGGCUGGAGGAACAGGUCUUGGAGCCACCCCUGAAGGGAAAAAGCCGACCCCGUCAUCCAAUACAACCACCAAACAGGUCCCUUGCAAGUACUUUUCUUCAGAGGAAGGAUGCAAGAAGGGAUCUGAGUGCACUUUCAAACAUGAUUGGAGUGCGGUUGAGAAGUCUGGGAGGUGUUACAACUGCGGAUCAACUCAACACACCAAGAAGGAUUGUGGGGUGAAGGCGAGGAAGCCUGGAGAUGCAGGAAAAUCAAUAAAGGCGGUGUCUGGGGAAAGGCCAGGAGGUGGGUCUAAGGCAUCUGAAGAUGGAAAAGGAAAAGGGAAGGAGGCAUUGGCACCCUCCAUCAAGAAAGAAGCCAAGGUCGAGGAUUCCACAGGAACAGAGAAGACGGCAGGAGCGCCGAAGAAGGAGGAGGAUCCAGUCAAGGAACUGGUACAGGAGGCUGCUGGACUUUUACGUUCUCUACGGGGAUCUGCGUUGAAGAAGGUUCAGGCCAAAAGUGAGGCAGAGUGGCUCAAUGCGAAGGAGGUCACCGUGCAGCUUGCACAAGGAUCAACAGUCCUUCAUUGA